GGCUGUCUUUCGGACUCCCAUCUACGCCUGGUCAAACGUCAAGUGGAGUGCACUGGCCGGCCGCAGACCAUGGCUUCCGGCCCCCUGUCGGAACCUCUUCUCCCCCAAGAGCUGCUGAAUCUUGUCCUCUACUUCGCUGGUAUACCUACCCUCAAGGCAUGCGCGCUGGCAGGCACCCAACUUCGCGAACCGAGCCAGCGCCUGCUAUUCGCACACUUCACCCUCGCCGUGGACAUCGACAGCAAGCCGCGGCUGUCCGCUCUGCUCGACGCGCUCGCCGGGCCGCCGUCGGUAGCGCGCCACGUCCGCGAACUUGAAUUCCGCAUAUCGCGCGCGGUCAUCUUGGACCUGGUCCAUGCACCAGGGUCCGAGUCGCCCGAGUUCGAGAUCGGCGCCAUUCUGGAGUUGAUGGAUGGCGUGCGGACGCUCACGCUCGACAUGGCCUCCACGGUCCCGUCGGCGAUGCUCCCCGUCGCGCUCCGAGAUGCCCUGGUCAUGCUGGUCUGUCGGUCGAAUGUCGCAAAGCUUAGGCUCCAGUGCGUGCCGUUCGCGGACCUACUCUUCCUUGUUUCUGGCGCCAAGGGUUUACGCGAGCUGGAGCUCUCCGGAGUGCUGAUUGCCACCGACUCGGACACGGACACGACAGCGGACGGCAAUCAUGAUCCCGGUGCGGGUGGCAGCCAACGGCGUGCAGUAUCCUUCCCUCCGAUGCCCUCGCUGGCGCGGCUCUCGGUGGACAACAUCCACGGCAUCGUCCUCGCCCGCGCACUCGUCUUCCUCGCCGACAUCACCCUGCGCUAUCUGCAUGUGACCUUCCAGAGCGGCGUGGAGGCGCGCAACAUCCAGGACUUUCUCGCGAGUCGUCAAGUCCCAGCGGAACUGGCGCACCUUCGGCUCACGUGUACCCACUGGCAAGGGCUCCUGCCUAUUUAUCCGGAUAUCAGCCGGCUGAGCGCGCUGACGACCUUCGAGGCGGACUUGCGCCUCCCGUCGCAGUACAUCAUUACCACGCGCGCCGACGCUACGGACUACGUGGCGUGGCUUGCGCACGUGCUGCAGACCGCGACCGGGUGUCUGCAGGUGGAGAACAUCCUUCUCAACGUCCAGCUGCAGACGUCGCACGAGGCGGACUUAUUCUUCGUGCGCCGUCUUGAGCCGCUUGACCUCCUCAUCGGUCGGGCUUUCCCACAUCUGCGUGCCGUCGUAGUGGCUUUCCAACCAACAUUUAACGCGGCUGUCAACCCCCGCAGGGAGUCCGCUGUGGAGUCCUAG